AUGUCCGAACAAUCCACCACACCCGCUCCGGUCACGAAGGAGAAAACCUUUAGCUCCUACAAUAAAGCGCAAGGAACGGAAUACGCCCAACUCCGCCCCGACUACUCUGCCGCCCUGUAUCAAUUUAUUCUCCAGACCAACACAAAGCAUCUGGCGGCCAACUCGACACCCUCGUCGACUUAG